CGCGUGGCGGGAGAGGCCCCGCUCCCGGGAAGCGAGAGCCCGGACAGGCCGUCCCGAGCCCUGUUUACCGCCCGGCCUCUGCCCGGCCCCGCGUUGCUCACUCCCAUGUGACAGGUGGGAAACUCGACCCGCCGCCGAUGUUUUCCCUGCACGUGACCGAAAAGCGGGUUAUAAAUAGGCGAGCGGCCGGCGCCGGGGGCAAAGGCGGGUGCCCGCAGCCGAGGCGCAGGAGCUCGGUGCCGUUCACCCCGCCGGUGCCUGCGGAGGAGCGGGGACGCGUUUUGGCCGAGGAGCCUGUCGCCGGCCCCAUGGAUUACCAGCCCGGCAUCAUCCAGGACGGCAGCCCCAUGGAGAACCUGGAGAAGCAGCUCAUCUGCCCCAUCUGCCUGGAGAUGUUCACCAAGCCCGUGGUGAUCCUGCCCUGCCAGCACAACCUCUGCCGCAAGUGUGCCAACGACGUCUUCCAGGCCGCCAACCCGUACUGGCAGAGCCGGGGCAGCGUCAUCUCGGGGGGCCGUUUCCGCUGCCCGUCCUGCCGCCACGAGGUGCUCCUGGACCGCCACGGCGUCUACGGGCUGCAGAGGAACCUGCUGGUGGAGAACAUCAUCGACAUCUACAAGCAGGAGUGCUCCAGCAGGCCCCCGCAGAAGGGCGAGCACCCCAUGUGCAAGGAGCACGAGGACGAGCGCAUCAACAUCUACUGCCUGAGCUGCGAGGUGCCCACCUGCUCCAUGUGCAAGGUCUUCGGCGCCCACAAGGACUGCGACGUGGCCCCGCUGCAGAGCGUCUUCCAGGGCCAGAAGACCGAGCUGAACAACUGCAUCUCCAUGCUGGUGGCCGGCAACGACAGGAUCCAGACGAUCAUCAGCCAGCUGGAGGAGUCCUGCCGGAGAACCGAGGAGAACAGCCGGGCAGCCGAGCGGGAGCUGUGCGAGCGGUUCGGCGCCCUCGGGGCGCUGCUGGAGGAGAAGAAGGCGGAGAUGCUGCGGCGCAUCGCCAAGGAGCGGGAGGACAAGACGGGCUUCGUGCAGGCCCUCAUCCACAAGUACAAGGAGCAGCUGGAGAAGUCCUCCCGCCUGGUGGAGACGGCCAUCCAGGCCAUGGAGGAGACCGGCGGCGCCGCUUUCCUCAUGAACGCCAAGCAGCUCAUCAAAACGAUCGUGGAGGCCUCCAAGGGCGGCCGCCUGGAGAAGAUCGAGCAGGGCUUCGAGAACAUGGACGGCUUCUCCGUGAGCCUGGAGCACCUGGCCGACGCCGUCCGCCUCUUGGACUUCGAGACAGAAGAGGAAGAUGAUGAGUUCUUCGAGGAGGAGGAAGACGAGCCGGAAGAUGAAGCAGCACCGGCGAAGAGGGCGGAGGGUAAGGAUGGGGCGCCGGAGCCCGGGCUUUCCGCCGCCAGCACCGAGGAUCACGCGGGGAGCUGAGCCCCCCCAUAACCCCCCGCCUCCCUCUCUUGCA